AGUACCUGCCGGUGCGCGUCAUUGCCCCGGAGUAAAGGCUUUGGGUCAUUUGUUUAUGUGUUCAUUAAGGUUUCGUGGCUGGGCGAAGAAUGCUCCACAGAUGAGGAAACAGGGAGAGAUGUGGAUUGACCAGUGACUCCAAACCUUGGACAGCAAGGUGGUGGCAAAACAGGAUAGAAACCUGGUGGUUCCCCAGCCUGCUGUCCCUCACCAGUCUUGAAAAAUGGCACCAGCUGCUCCAAGAGAAGCAGGAGUGUGGAGGCAAACGAAAGCUCUUCUAUUCAAGAACUGUCUUAUUAAGUGCAGGACUAAAAAGAGCAGCGUUCAGGAGGUCCUGUUCCCACUCUUCUUCUUGUUCUGGCUCAUUCUGAUGAGUAUGAUGCACCCGCAUAGGAAGUACGGCGAGGUGGCCAACACCAACCUCGGCACUCUGGAUACCUCCAUGCUGGUGAAUUUCAUCAUCGGAUACACACCACCGACCCGGAUGGCACGAGAAAUCAUGAAGAAAGUGGCUUUUGAUAACUUCGAAGAUGGCAUCAUCACUGAGGAGUAUUUAAGUGAAGAGGAGCUGCAAGAAGCCAGUGCUUUUAAACCCUCAAACUUUGUGGGUGUUGUAUUCAACGAUGCCAUGUCCUACCAGCUGAGGUUCCACGAUUCGGUCGCUAUGUCUUCCAUCUAUAUGGAAUCAAGAGCCAGUUGCUCCAACCUGCGGAAAGGAUGUGAAUCGGUGACGUACUGGAGCUCGGGGUUUAUAGCUCUGCAAGCCUGCAUCGAUGCUGCAAUUAUACAGCUGAAGACCAAUCAAUCCGUUUGGGAACAACUUGAGUUGACAAGAGCAAUGGUUAUGGGAGAGGCUGCAGUGGUGGAAAUAGAUAAUUUUCCUCGUGCCAUCAUUUUAAUUUACCUGGUGAUCGCUUUCUCACCAUUUGGGUAUUAUCUGGCAAUUCAUAUUGUGGCAGAGAAGGAGAGGAAGUUGAAGGAGUUCUUAAAAAUACUGGGACUCCACGACACUGCCUUUUGGCUUUCUUGGGUGCUGCUGUACAUAAGCCUGAUUUUUGUCAUGUCCAUUCUUAUGGCAGUGAUUGCGACGGCCUCUUCUCUCUUUCCCCAGAGCAGUGCCUUUGUGAUAUUCCUCCUUUUUUUCCUGUAUGGAGUCUCUUCAGUUUUCUUUGCACUUAUGCUGACACCUCUAUUCAAAAAGUCAAAACAUGUGGGAAUAGUGGAGUUCUUGGCGACGCUGGCUUUUGGUUUUGUGGGUCUUAACAUAGUCCUGCUGGAAGAUUUCCCCAAGUCUUUCGUGUGGAUCCUCAGCCCCUUGUGUCAGUGCAGCUUCUUGAUUGGCAUUGCGCAGGUCAUGCAUCUAGAAGAUUAUGAAGAUGGUGCAACGUUUUCAAAUCUAAGUCACGGUCCUUACCCACUCUUUAUCUCUCUCAUUUUAUUGGUGCUGGAUAGCAUAUUUUAUCUGCUCGUAGCUGUCUACCUGGAUCAGAUUAUGCCAGGGGAGUUCGGACUGCGCCGCACGCCGUUCUUCUUCAUGAAGCCCUCCUUUUGGUCCAAGCACAGAAAGAACUACAAGGAAUUGUACGAGAGCAGCGUCAAUGGCAGUUUAAGCUUCAGUGAGAUAGUUGAACCCGUGCCUUUGGAAUUCCAGGGGAAAGAAGCCAUCAGAAUCAGCUGUGUUCAGAAAACAUUCAGGAAAAAGGGGGAAACUGUGGAGGCUCUCAGAAAUUUAUCCUUUGACAUCUAUGAAGGUCAGAUCACAGCUCUGCUUGGGCACAGUGGGACCGGGAAGACAACGCUGAUGAACAUCCUUUGCGGCCUGUGUCCGCCAACAGAUGGGUUUGUCUCUGUCUAUGGGCACAAGGUCUCUGAAAUCGAUGAGAUGCUCGAAGUGCGACAGAUAGCAGGGGUGUGCCCUCAGUCUGACAUCCACUUUGAUAUACUAACGGUGGAGGAGAACCUCUCCAUAUUUGCUGCAAUUAAAGGAAUCCCUCAGAAUGAUUUGAUACAAGAGGUGCAGAAAGUGCUGUUGGAUUUGGAUAUGCAGCCUAUCAGAGACAACCAAGCUAAGAAAUUAAGUGGGGGGCAGAAGAGGCGACUAUCAGUGGGGGUUGCUGUUCUCGGGAACCCGAAGGUUUUGCUGCUGGAUGAGCCGACCGCAGGGAUGGAUCCAUGUUCACGGCACAUUGUCUGGAACCUCCUGAAAAACAGGAAAGCGGAUCGUGUGACAGUUUUCAGCACCCACUUCAUGGAUGAGGCAGAUAUCCUCGCUGAUCGUAAAGCUGUGAUUUCUCAAGGGAUGUUAAAAUGCCUUGGAUCCUCUCUCUUUCUCAAAAGCAAAUGGGGAAUUGGCUACCGCUUGAGCAUGCACAUCGAUGCCUAUUGCAACACAGAAGCUACAACCUCUCUGAUACGACAGCACAUCCCCGCAGCCAGCCUGCUCCAGGAGAACGAUGAGCAGCUCGUGUACACGCUGCCGCUCAAGGACAUGGACAAGUUUGCAGGCUUGUUUUCUGACCUCGACACUCAUUCCCACCUGGGCGUUAUCACCUAUGGCGUUUCAAUGACGACACUGGAGGAUGUCUACCUGAAGCUGGAGGUUGAGGCAGAGAUCGAUCAAGCAGAUUACAGCGUGUUCAAUUCCCAGCAAGUGCAGGAUGAAAUGGAUACAAAAUCCCUCGACGAUAUGGAGCAGAGCCUCCUAAUGCUGUCGGAGACAAAGGCACCAGCAAUGAGCAAUACAGCCCUCUGGAAGAAGCAGGUUUCCACCAUAGCAAAAGUUCAUUUCCUUAGUCUCAAGCGGGAAAAUAAGUGUGUAAGAGUUAUGUUGUUGCUCUUCCUGAUUUUUCUUGUAGUUCAGAUUUUAUUGUUUUUCAUACACCACAUCAUCAAAAACUCUGUCGCUGCUAUCAGACUCUCCCCAGAUUUGUACUUGCUGAAGCCCGGAGAGAACUCUCACAAGUACAGGAGUCGCCUCCUGCUGCAGAACUCCACAGAAUCCAGUAUCGAUGACAUUGUCCACUCUCUUGGGAGCAUGAAUAUCCUCUUGGAGAUGUUCAAUGACAGUGAUUACGUCUCGGUAGCACCUCACAGCACAGCUUUAAACGUAUUUGACCUUGAAUCCAGACAGAACUAUGUUUUCACAGUUGUAUUCAACAGUACCAUGGUGCAUUCCCUGCCAGUUUUGAUGAACAUCAUCAGCAAUCUACUCCUGCGCAAUUUAAACGUGACGGAGAGCAUUCAGAUCUGGAGCAACCCCUUCAUUCAGAACCUUCCAGACACAAUUUUCAGACUGGAGAUCUAUUUUGAAGCCGUGUUGCUGGGAAUCAUCAUAACUGGAAUGCCACCCUAUUUUGCCAUGGAUAAUGCAGAAAACCAUAAGAUCAAAGCAUACACGCAGCUGAAGAUAGCAGGGCUUUAUCCCUCUGCUUACUGGACUGGGCAAGCUGUGGUUGACCUCCCGCUGUUCUUCUCCAUCCUUAUCCUGAUGAUAGGCAGCCUCUUCGCCUUCCAUUAUGGUGUUUAUUUCUAUGUGGGCAAGUUCCUUGCUGUGAUUUUUUGCCUGAUUGGUUAUGUCCCAUCAGUCGUGCUCUUCACUUACGUGGUCUCCUUCACAUUCAAAAAAGUCCAGAAUACAAAAGAAUUUUGGUCAUUUAUAUUUUCAGUGACAGCCUUGCUGUGUACGGUUGUCACUGAAGUGGCCUUUUUUCUGGAUUAUUACCUGGUAACCACCGUCCUGCAUUAUGUCUUCUCCAUCUUCAUUCCCAUUUAUCCCCUUAUUGGCUGCCUGAUUUGUUUUAUAAAGGUCUCAUGGAAAGGCAAGCGGAAGAACGGCGGAUACUACGACCCGUGGGACCGGCUCCUGGUAGCAGUUCUAGCUCCCUAUUUGCAGUGUGUCGUGUGGCUCUUCCUACUGCGAUGUUUUGAGCUGAAGAAUGGAGGGAGGACAGUGAGAGAGGAUCCGUUUUUCAGAAAGUGUUUUACAAAAGCCAAAACCUGGAAGUUUCCAGAUGUGCCACGUGAUGAGAACGAAGAUGAAGAUGUGAAGGCAGAGAGGCUGCGAGUCCAAGAAGUGCUGAGCAGCCCCAAAAGUGAGGAGAUGCCAGCAAUCCUAGUCAGCAGCUUGCACAAAGAGUUUGAUGAAAGAAAGGAAUUUCUUCUGGGGAGAAAAAUAAAGAAAGUGGCAACGAACCACGUUUCUCUCUGCGUAAAAAAAGGGGAGAUACUGGGUUUGUUAGGACCCAAUGGAGCUGGGAAAAGCACGUUAAUUAAUAUGCUUGUUGGAGAGAUUGAGCCAACCAGUGGGCAAGUUCUGAUGGGAGAUGAUGCUUUUGGCCUGCACAGUGAAGACGACUCAGUGAAAUUUGUGGGGUACUGUCCUCAAACAAACCCGCUUUGGCCGGAUAUUACAUUGCAGGAACACUUUGAAAUUUAUGGUGCUAUCAAAGGAAUGAGUCCAUCUGAUGUUAAGGAAGUCGUAAAACGCAUCUCAAGUGCCCUGGAUCUAAAAGACCACCUGCAGAAGACAACAAAGAAGCUGGGAGUGGGUCUGAAGCGCAAGCUGUGCUUUGCCCUCAGUAUGCUGGGCAACCCACGGGUCACACUCUUGGAUGAACCAUCGACUGGGAUGGAUCCAAAAGCCAAGCAGCACAUGUGGCGAGCAAUUCGAGCAGCAUUUAAAAAUAAGGAGAGAGCAGCAAUCCUGACCACUCACUACAUGGAGGAGGCAGAUGCUGUCUGUGACCGUGUGGCCAUCCUGGUGUCCGGGCAGCUCAGAUGUAUAGGUACCGUCCAACACCUGAAGAGUAAGUUUGGCAGAGGAUACUUCUUGGAAAUGAAACUAAAAGAAACAGCAGAUGUACAGCAGGUGGAGUAUCUGCAGAGCCAGAUUUUGCACAUCUUCCCGAACGCAAAUCGCCAGGAAAGUUUUGCUUCUAUUUUGGCAUAUAAAAUUCCUAAAGAAGAUGUACAGUCACUAUCACAUUCUUUUUCCAAGCUGGAAGAAGUAAAACAUGCCUUUAACAUCGAGGAGUACAGCUUUUCUCAGGCAACACUGGAACAGGUUUUUGUUGAGCUUGCUAAAGAGCAGGAGGAGGAGGACAGCACCUUUGGCACCCUGAACAGCACACUGUGGUGGGAGAGAACACAGGAAGACAGAGUUGUUUUCUGAGCUCCUCAUGGUCCAGACCUGCUCUGCAGCUGGUGUGUUGUGCCAGUGAUGAUCCUCUGUGCAGACAUCAGGGUAUGAGCGUGGAAAACACCCAAGCUGGGAUGGAGAAGGAAAAUCGUAUUUGGAAGCACGGAGCACAUUCCACCAUCCUGGCCUUAGGAAUAUUGCCGCAAUAGCGGUGAGCAUCCCCACCGUUGUUCUGGCUGACCUGAAAUUCCUUCUCCCCUCGCUGUUUCCCAGUUUGAGCAAGAAGAUGCUGCCGCAACAGUCAGUCACCUCCUGGUGUUGGUGGCUUGUGCAGGAGCACCCGCCUGCCUUUCUCCCUUGGCUGUGCUGUGCUGAGGUUGGGAUCCUUACUGGAAAUCUUGCAUCUGAGCAAAACCAGUUGCUGUUGGAGCAUCCUGCCCUGUGGGACCUGCUCACUGGGUCUUGCCUUCCCCCAUGCCUUUGGCUGGGUAUUGCUGCCUGCCCAAUGAGGUGCUGUGCAGACAUGUGUCCCUGCAAGGUCCUGUUCUCCCACCGGCUGCUCCAUCCCUGCUUAUGCUUAGAAGAUGCACUUGCUUAGAAGAGAGGGGCAAAACCACUCCAAAGUAAUCAUAUUCACUGCAGAGAGGGUCCUGAAUUCCACUGCGAGCUUAGCUUGGUAUCCAACCAAUGUGAAAAUGUUCCUUUACAGAUAUAAUAUGGCACUUGUUGACACACACAUUCCUUUCUACUGGCAGCUGUGGCUGAUUCCUGCUGCUGUUAUGGGAGGCGCUGGUGUUUGUAAUGCAUGCACUGUAGGGUUCAAGGGGUGUACAGAUGUGGAUGCUUUCUUUCCCCUGCUUGGUGAAAGUACAAAGACAUAAUUGUGUAGUUACGGGAUUUGCAGAGAUGUGAGUAUUCCCUGUCUUCGUUACAAAGUCUUGAUUCUUUUGUUGGGUGUAACAACAUGUAUCCUGCCAGUUGCUUUUAGAGACAGUCCUUCUUAGAUGUCUUCGUUUUCUUUGACAGUGAAUUCAUAAGUCCGUGCAACAGUAUUUCCUAAUCCGUCUUUGUUGUGAUAGCAGUAAGUAAUGCAGCAGUGUGCUCAGCACAGGAAAGUUUGCUUUGUCCUCACCUGGCAGUUUUCCAUUCACCUUUGUUAAACCCAAAAGGAAAAGAUCCAAAUUCACAACCUCAUCGGUAGGAAUAGUGCCUUUGGUUUGCAUAGAAGCACUAAGAGAAGCAGAAUAGGUGGUCCUGUAUCCUAAGAUGUGGCAGAUGUAUGAAAAAAUAUAUAUAUUUUGGUUUUCUACACAAAGCUAUCAUCACUUCCUUUAGUUUUAUAAGGUACAAUUAAAGAUUGCUAACAGUUCAUUGUGUUCUGCAAUGAACAAGUAUAGAGGUGCAUUUAUAUCAAGACAUUGGCUUCAUAAGUCAUAUCAAUUAUGCAUCUUCACAUUAGAAUUAGAAAAGACCUUUGUUUUUCUUGCAAAAACUCAAGAAACUAUGGAUUAACAGAGAGUUGUGUGUCCCAACUGUUUGUAUUUAUCAGGCAAUAAUGUAUGUUAUACGUCUGAUAGUGGUUUGUCAGCAUGUUGAGCCCAAAUCUGUUAUCAUUAGUUUCUUACUUUACGAUGGGGAGGUGUGAACUCUUUAUGUACAACUUUUGCUUCCUCUUCUGUACCUGUGGAUUGUAUAAACAUGUACAGAUUUUGUGCUGUAGUUAAAAUUUUGAGCCCAAGAACUGCAGGAACAUGUGGACAUCCCAUCUGCUUCCCCAGGGGAAGGUCCCUGUUUUGGGGAGCCCUCAGCCAUGGCACUUGCAUAUGCCCCAAUCUCCUGUGCUGGAAACAGAAUGGAGGUAAAGAAUGGGAUUAAAGCACCAGCCUCUAAACUGCAGCUCCAGUAGCAACCUUUCUAGGGGUGAAGCUUCUCUAUAAGAAAAUGAAAAUGACCCAAAUUCAGCUCUUUUAUUUCUGUAGCCUUUUAUUUAGCCCCUGGGAACCCCCAUCCCAUUGCUCUCAGCUGCAUCCAUGCUGCUGACUGACAUCUCUGAGCAUUUUCCUUUAUUUGGAGCAAAGGCGCGACCCAGAAUUUCGUCUUGGGAUGCUUUCCCAUGUGUGUACAUACAAGUUAGGUGUCUUCUCCAAAUCCCACCUUUCUUACUUCCAUCUCUCUUUUAAUGGUAUUUCAGCCAAGUGUCAUCUGCACAUCUGUCCAGCAACGUACAGCACUCUUUGUUCAUGUGAACUUAUCAAAGUACAGCUGUGACCUGUUAGCCUUGAUGCCUUCUUUUAAUUUUAUCCUUUAAAUUAAAGUCAAAGUUAAUAGUCUGUAAAAUAGCUCUGGACUGUCUGGAUAACAUCCUCUUGUUUCAAAUACUUUCUUAUUUCCUAAUGUUUCAAUUGGAUCAGAAGAAAGAUUCUAUUAGCAGCUAGAUUUGCUCACCUUGGUACUGAUCUUGUUUACCCUGGAGUAACCCAGUUGGUGGUGGCACUGUAUUUGUGUGAAGAAUUUGGCUCUUUAGGUGAACUGCGUGUUUGGGUGGGACCUUUUUGGUGUGGGGACAUAGAGUCAAUGUGGCACAAGAUGCCACCUCAAACAUUAAUGUAAUCAUAGUGGAUUGUGUCAGAAGUCUUUCAAAGUAUCAUAUGAUGACUAUAGUUGCCAGAAUAGGGAAAAACACAUGCAAAAUUACGUUCCCAGGGGAUUCUCUGGUUUGAGAGCUCUAUUCCUGCAAGUUUAAGUCACUUGGUUCAUGCCAAAUCACAGCCGUACAAUACACAUGCCCAGGUUGUGCUCUGAGACAAGGCAGCUGGAUUCAGGCUGACUGUGGGACUUGGAGUAAAUCAGUUCAGUUUGUGCCACCGUUCCCGGUCCAUUGGGCUUGGUUACCUUGCAGGGUGGUUGUGAGAAAUACUGAGCUAGUAUAUCCAAAACUUGGGAGAUGCAUUUACUUUGUGGUGUUAUUAUAAGGUUGUAUUUUUCUAUGGAGGAAUUUAAUGUGUCUAAUUUCAUUUAUGUCCCCAAGAAAAGCCUUUAUUUAAAAAUCUCUCUGUAUAGGAAGUGAAGUCUGUUGUGUAGCUGAUGUCCAGCACUCUGCAGAUACACAAGGUGUUGGGUCUAAAGGUGGCACGUUGGUAACACUCCUCCUGAUGUUGCUAUUGGGCACUUUGAAUCAUUUGCAGUUUAAUUUAUCCAUGUCUGUCUUUUACCACUUUGUUGUGUUUGUAAAGUCGAGGUUUUUCCUUUUCCACCAGAAAGUACUACCAAAAUAAAGAUGGAUUGGAUUGUUAAA